AGAACAGUAAACGCACAGGUGGAACAAAGAGAAGAAGUCCAGAUAGAACAGAAGAAGCACUUCAUGAAGAGAUGGCGAGAAAAAUUGAAGAGAGGGGUCACUGGAAAAAUAAAAGAGAGUUCCUUCUGGCUGUGGCUGGGAAUGUGGUGGGCAUGGGCAACGUGUGGAGGUUUCCCUACUUGUGCUACAGGAAUGGUGGAGGGGUGUUCCUGGUGCCCUAUCUGAUGUUUGUGAUAACAUGUGGAAUACCCCUUUUCCUGCUGGAGACAGCUAUGGGACAGUACACACAAGAGGGGGGCAUCACAUGCUGGAGUCGUGUCUGCCCACUGGUGGAAGGUCUUGGCUAUGCAGGUCAGUUGAUUCAACUCUAUGGCAUGUGCUACAUGAUGAUCCUAGCCUGGGCACUGUUCUACCUGACCUUUUCCUUCAGCUCUGAGCUACCCUGGGCCAGCUGCAACAACCCCUGGAACACAGAUGACUGUCGUGUUGUUGGAAACAAUCACACUUUCAACUGGACACAGCAAACCAACUCAACAUCAGCUGCCACUGAAUUCUGGGAGCGCAGAGUCCUGUCUGUCUCUAGUGGCAUUGAAGAGAUAGGCAAGGUCCACUGGGAAAUUCUCCUGUGUCUGGGUGCAGUGUGGAUUAUUUCUUAUUUUUGCAUCUGGAAAGGAGUCAAGUCAACUGGCAAGGUGGUGUACUUCACAGCCACAUUCCCCUACGUGAUGCUUAUGGUGUUGCUGGUUCGAGGGCUGACUCUGCCUGGAGCUCUGCAGGGAGUUGUGUUCUACCUUUAUCCUGACCCUGAGCGACUGUUGGAUCCACAGGUGUGGAUGGAGGCAGGUGCUCAGGUCUUCUUCUCCUACAGUACUUGUGUUGGGAUGCUGACUGUUUUGGGCAGCUACAACACAUACAACAACAACUGCUACAGGGAUUGCUUCAUGCUGAGUCUGCUGAACAGCAGUACCAGUGUGAUUGCAGGCUUUGCUGUGUUUUCAGUUUUGGGCUUCAUGGCUCAUGUGCAUGGAAAACCUAUAGAAGAGGUUGCGGAAUCAGGACCUGGGCUAGCUUUCAUAGCAUAUCCACAGGCAGUGGCUAUGAUACCUCUGCCUCAAUUGUGGGCCAUUUGCUUCUUUAUUAUGGUCAUUCUCCUGUGCGUAGACACACAGUUCACUGCUGUGGAAGGGAUUGUUACCUCGGUGACUGAUGUGUUUCCCCAAGUGCUGCGAGGGCCCAGACGCAGAGAGAUCUUUCUCCUUCUCUUUUGCUUCUUCUGCUUCCUUUGCCAAAUCAUCAUGGUCACAGAGAGUGGAGUGUACUGGUUUCAGCUGAUUGACUACUAUGCCUGUAGUGGAGCCUGCCUCUUGUUCCUUGCUAUAUUUCAGUCCCUCACCAUUGGAUGGAUCUUUGGAGCAGAACAAUUGUGUAAAGUCAUUGAGGAUAUGACUGGGUCAUACCCUAACUUCAUCUUCAAACUGUGCUGGAAAUUCUUCACCCCUUUUGCCUCCCUCGUGAUGUUCGUCUACUAUCUGGUGGAGUUACAGCCUCUGACAUACAACCGCUGGUAUGUAUAUCCAAGCUGGUCAUAUGUGCUUGGCCGGCUGCUGUCUCUCUCCUCUAUCUUGAUGGUGCCUGGGUGGGCACUAAUCCGCUUGGUGACGACGAAAGGCAGCCUCAAACAGCGCUGGAUUCAACUAUGCAGCCCAGACCAAAACCUCCCCCUGAACCAAAAACAGAGGAGCAAGACACAGGGAGUGACCUCGGCUACUGAGAUGGAGAACUUUAUGUAGUUUGUUUAUCAACAGAAUAAAUUCUCAAACCAUCA